AUGAUCAGCUCUGAACCCCCAGCACCCACAAGGCCAGCCGCAGAUUCAACAUCAUCACGCCCCCGCUACAAGCACUCCCACUCGAGCUCCACCUCUUCCAGGCGGCGUGUCCCACGCUCGGAUUCAUCAGACUUUCUCUCAGACCGCGCCACUUCACAACUCAUUCGCCGCGUGCUCUGCCCACAGCAAGGGCCUGACAGGGGCAGGACCACGCCUCCUCCUCCCAUUGACGAGCUGUUACCACCCCUGACGAGCCGGAAUGAUGUCGACCUGCAGCUCUACGCCAUCAUAGCCAUCGUGUUGCGGGACUUUGUGCAGACCUGGUACAACAAGAUUACGCCAGACGAGGCGUUUGUCGCCGAGAUUGUUCAGGUCAUUGCACAUUGCACGCGGGCCCUGGAGCAGAGGCUUAGGAAGGUUGACGUAGAGAGCUUGUUGUUUGACGAGCUUCCCGACUUGUUCGACAAGCACGUUCAAGCGUACCGGGCAUCUCGCAGGCCUCUUGUGCGGCCUCCCAUCGAGGCAGAUGGGAGGGAGAUCUACCAUUCGCUAUGCCCUCUGCCCUACUUGUCUCCCAUACCGAGGAUCGACAAGCCAGAGACUGCUUCCGAGCAGGCUGCUAAUGAGGUGGCCUACCGUCAGCUGCUCGUUCAGGGCGUCCUGGCCGUGCUGUUGCCUACAGAGGACCUGGAGAACGAAUGUUUGACGUCUCUGAUUGGUCAGAUCCUGUCAGAGCUGAUCAUAGGCGGGGUGGUCGUCAAGAAGGCGUCUGAGCCUUGGAUGAUCUGGACCGGCCUGACCAUUUUGGCAGAUGUGAUAGCGCGCAGGGGACAACAAGGCUCUUCUUCUUCUUCAGGACCUGCUCUGAAGGGGACAGGCCGUGCUCCUUCGGGGCCAAGGGGCUUCUCGAUACCUGGGCUGCUGUGGUCUUUUGUCCACUACAUAUUUGCACUGAUGGGUUUGCUACGGGUCUUCCUCACGACGCUGACUAUGAGUCGGUCUCUACCUCCUCGUGGGCAUCAGCUGUCCCCGCAGAAGGAGGGCGGGGGUCGCUCGGAACAGACACCUAUUCUGGCCUUUGCCAUAUGGCCCAUGAUAUCAGAUUUGAUUGGUAUGGAUCGACGCAUGCCAUGGCUUUCGGGCAGCCUCUCUAUGCUACAAUGGCUGGCUAUUGGAGGGCCUGGACAUGUGGCUGGCCCGGAUGGAAUUAUCGACAGGUAA